GCAGAGGAACGUCCAGAGGCCCAGGCCCGGCGCGACGACUUCCUCUACAAGCAUCGCCCUCCCGCUGCUCAUGAAGGAGGAGAGGCCGCAUGCGCAACAUUAGCUCUCGUCUGGUGUAAAUGUGCCGGAGCACAUUUCAUGGGCCUCGCUCCAUCGCUCGUCGAAUCCAGGAGGCCGAUUUCUUUCCUGCUCGAGAGGAGACGACUCCAGACGGCUCGCUGAAAGGGCGAGCGAGGGCAGCGCAGGGGAGCUUGUCGUCGGCGAUCGCCCUUCAUCUACCACGGUCUGUUGAUUAGGGGCGCAGGCUUGUCACUAAUGCGGAUUGUUCGAGUGGGAGGCGCAAAAUUGUGUCUGAUUCUGACCGGGUGGGUCGGGGAGCAGAGUCGAGUCACGUCACGUAAGGUGCAUGCGCAAGGUGGCUGAGUUGCGCUGCAAGCUCAUGUGCAGCUUUUAAGUAGCUGUAUAUCAUCCAUAGUUGUUUCGCUCCUUUGUUGGCGCCCCGAGGUGAUGAAAUGAAUUUUCUUGGUAGCAGGUCCGAGAGUCAAUUGCUGGGUUGCCCGGCUUUUCAGUGCUGCAUUCGAUGUUGAUGCAAAAACCACCAACUCAAGGUUUUCGCGACGGGGCCCAUUCUCACAUCAGAGCUGACGUGCUGAGACGAUAAUACUCACGUGUCUAGAAGCAGAGGAGGUGAUGGGGGGAAAAUGAUAAUGCGCGCAAACCAGACGGUGGGACUUGGUAGUUGCCAGAAGUUUCUGACCAGUUGAAGCAGCUAUAGUAAAUGGAAGCGAAUGCAGGACUUGUGGCAGGCUCGCAUAAGAGGAACGAACUAGUUCUUAUACGCCCGGAAAGUGAGCCACGACCGUUGAAUGAGAUGAACGGGCGAGAUUGUCAUAUUUGUGGUGACGAUGUGGGAACUUCGUACGACGGUGAGCUAUUCGUGGCCUGCAACGAAUGUGGAUUUCCCGUUUGCAGGCCUUGUUACGAGUAUGAACGCAAGGAUGGCAAUCAGUGCUGCCCACAAUGUAAAACUAUAUAUCAUCGGCAUAAAGGAAGUCCACGAGUUGACGGGGAUGAAGAAGAAGACGACGUGGAUGAUUUAGAAAAUGAGUUCCAAAUUGUUGGGAGAGUCAGAGGAAAUUACCUCCGUGAAACUGAGGAAGAACUUCACGAUCGUAUCAACUCUGGUCCCUCUAAUGACGAAGAUUCGCCCCCUCGCCACCAAUUUCGUCCCAUGGAGACGCAGUUUCCAUUGCUUACAAAUGGGCCAGAGGCUGAUACGAUUGAUCCUCCACCAGAUCGCCGAGCCCUCAUAGUUCCUCCCCCUUCCAUGACAGGUGGAGGAAAGCGCGUGCAUCCUUUUCCCUACUCAACAGAAACAUCUACAGUUCAGUCAUCAAGAUCUAUGGACCCAACGAAGGAUUUAGCCGCUUAUGGUUAUGGUAGCGUUGCAUGGAAGGAAAGAUUGGAUAGUUGGAGACAAAAGCAGGAAAAAAUGCAGGUGUCCUUGACAGAAGGGACUCAGGUUACUGGUAAAGCGGACGACUCAGACUUUGGAGAUGGCCCAGAUUUGCCCUCGAUGGAUGAAUCAAGGCAGCCUUUGUCACGGAAAGUUCCACUUGCAUCAAGUUUGAUCAAUCCUUACAGAAUGCUCAUCAUUGUUCGCCUUAUUGUGCUGGGUUUCUUCUUUCGAUACCGCCUAACGAACCCUGUAGAAGGUGCAUAUGGUCUCUGGCUCACAUCGGUUGUAUGUGAGGUCUGGUUUGCUAUAUCGUGGAUCUUGGAUCAGUUUCCAAAGUGGCUUCCAGUCGGUCGUGAGACGUAUCUCGACAGAUUAUCGCUGAGGUAUGAGCCCGAAGGUGAACCAUCUCGCCUGGAUCCAGUCGACGUAUAUGUUAGCACAGUGGAUCCUUCCAAAGAACCACCUCUCGUCACAGCCAACACGGUUUUAUCAAUUCUGUCGGUUGAUUAUCCCGUGGAAAAGGUCUCGUGCUACGUAUCAGAUGAUGGUGCAGCUAUGUUAACCUUUGAAGCUCUAUCGGAGACUUCUGAGUUUGCUCGAAAGUGGGUGCCCUUCUGCAAAAAAUUCAACAUUGAACCUCGUGCUCCUGAGGUGUAUUUCGCUCAGAAAAUGGAUUAUUUGAAGGACAAAAUUCAACCUACAUUCGUGAAGGAGCGUCGAGCAAUGAAGAGAGAGUAUGAAGAGUUCAAAGUUCGUGUCAAUGCUUUAGUGGCAAAAGCUCAGAAAGUUCCGGAAGAGGGCUGGACAAUGCAAGAUGGCACUCCUUGGCCCGGGAACAAUAUACGAGAUCACCCAGGGAUGAUUCAGGUGUUUUUGGGUCACAGUGGUGGUCACGACGUUGAUGGAAACGAGCUCCCGCGUCUGGUGUACGUAUCUCGGGAGAAGAGGCAUGGCUUUAAUCAUCACAAAAAAGCUGGCGCAAUGAAUGCUUUGGUGCGGGUAUCUGCAGUUUUAACAAACGCGCCGUACCUUCUCAAUCUGGAUUGUGACCACUACAUCAACAACAGUAAGGCGAUCAGAGAGGCUAUGUGUUUUCUAAUGGACCCUGUUGCUGGAAAGAAGGUCUGCUUUGUUCAGUUUCCGCAGAGGUUUGAUGGAAUCGAUCGAAACGAUCGAUACGCGAAUCACAACACCGUUUUCUUCGAUAUUAACUUGAAAGGUCUGGACGGAAUACAAGGUCCUUGUUAUGUUGGGACUGGUUGUGUUUUCAAAAGGCAAGCUUUAUAUGGCUACGAGCCCCCCUUGAAGCCUAAAGUAAACAAGAGAUCGUGUUUAGACUGGUGUUGUGGACCUCGAAAAGAGAAGAAAAACAAAAUGGUUGCCUCGACGAAGACUACAAAGAACAAGAAAAAUUCUAAGAAACUAAAGGGACAACAACUGCCACUGUACAGUAUGGACGACAUAGAGGAAGGUGUGGAGGGCAUGGAGGAUGAGAGGUCAAAGCUUAUGAGCUGGUAUGGAACAAACUUUGAGAAAAGGUUUGGCCAGUCCCCGGUGCUGAUACAGUCCUCCCUACAGGAGAAUGGAGGCGUUGCGCAUGCUGCGAACCCAGGUUGCUUGUUGAAAGAAGCUAUACAUGUUAUCAGCUGUGGAUAUGAGGACAAAACCGAGUGGGGUAAGGAGAUUGGGUGGAUUUAUGGUUCAGUGACAGAAGAUAUUUUGACAGGAUUUAAGAUGCACUGUCGAGGGUGGCGUUCGAUAUACUGCAUGCCGAGACGGCCUGCAUUUAAAGGAUCUGCACCAAUCAAUCUUUCGGAUAGGUUGCAUCAAGUGCUGCGUUGGGCCUUAGGAUCAGUUGAGAUUUUGCUCAGUCGCCACUGCCCUCUUUGGUAUGGAUUUGGAGGGCGGCUCAAGUGUUUGGAGAGGCUAGCGUAUAUCAACACUACCGUCUAUCCGUUGACAUCUCUACCUCUUGUUGCUUACUGUAGUCUGCCAGCUGUAUGUUUGCUCACAGGAAAGUUUAUCAUUCCUACGAUUAGCAAUUUUGCGAGCCUCUGGUUUAUCUCUUUGUUUCUUUCGAUCUUCGCUACCGGUAUUCUUGAGAUGCGAUGGAGCGGGGUUGGAAUUGAUGAAUGGUGGCGGAAUGAGCAAUUUUGGGUCAUUGGAGGUGUCUCAUCCCACUUGUUUGCCCUAUUUCAAGGACUGUUGAAGGUUUUAGCUGGCAUUGACACCAAUUUUACUGUGACCGCCAAGGCCUCCGAGGAUGAUACUUUCGGAGAGCUCUAUGAAUUUAAGUGGACGACGUUGUUGAUUCCUCCCACCACUUUGAUAGUUAUCAACCUUGUAGGUAUAGUCGCAGGUAUAUCAGACGCCAUUAAUAAUGGCUACCAAUCAUGGGGUCCUCUAUUUGGAAAGCUGUUUUUUGCCUUCUGGGUCAUCGUGCAUUUGUAUCCUUUCUUGAAGGGUUUGAUGGGACGCCAAAAUCGAACUCCGACCAUCGUUAUAGUUUGGUCGAUUCUUUUGGCGUCCAUCUUCUCCCUUCUCUGGGUGCGGAUAGAUCCAUUUCUGGCAAGGACGAAGGGACCAAACUUGCAGGCAUGCGGCAUAAACUGUUAGUUUCUUUGGCUCCGUGCCGAAAAAAUAGGUAUAUAGUAUGCUAGAUAGAGAUAGAUGGCGCAUUUAAAGAGUCGGCAAGACGAUGCCCAAUACCCGUCAUGUUGUUUCCCCAUCUGCAGAUCUUCCCCACGUUUCACCGAUUAUAUCUGUGCUGCCGCUUAAAGACGCUAUGUUCUGUAUCAGCUGGAAGUUCAGCAGCGCAGGAGGCAGUAGGUGUUGUGGAGGAUAGGCGUGCCUGUCUGUGGCUGAGUUCACUGAAUUAGUACUACGUGCUUAUGUAAUAUAUCUGCCCAAUGCAGUACCCUCCGCUUCAGCAGCUCAUUGUUUAGGAUCUCUGUUCGUUCGAAUCAUGUGUGAGAGGUCUCUGUCUGGUGAUCGUGGAAGAUGUAACGAGCAGAUGAGUGUUUCUACACUGACCUUACAAUUGCAUCAAUUCCGUCAAACGGCUAGCAGAACGGACACAAUCGCCGAUGCGGACGCUGAUGUUCGAAGACGUCUAUCUCCACGAGAAGGCCACGACGAGAUAUGACUUUUUACAGCACUUUUGCUGUAGCUUUAUGAACACAAGCGGUUCAAACUGCUAGUGGAUUCAAAACUGUCUCUCUGCAAAACACUUCGCGCACUCUAGCCAACAACUUUGGUUUCCCG